AAAAUUUGAAAUGGCGCUCUAACUUCUUUGCCUACUGUGGUUGUGCCGUUGGACGAACCGAACUCUCAAAGUGGCGUUUCAUUGCGUUUUUCCCGAUUUUUCCGAGUUUUUCGCGUGUGAAAAAGCUUCAAUCGUUGUUCAGCAAGUGGCGGUCAGUGCAGUGAGCUGAAAACUGGAGAAAAUUUCGUACCGGACGGUUUCAGCCGUUGUUAUGAAGUAACGCUUUUUUUCCCUUGCAACCCUGAGUCGUCAGCAGCUUGAUUGGUUGUUGGAGGGAUUGAUCCGGAUCUUUCCGAGGCGAGGCGAAGCAUAAAGUGGUCCGCACACCAUGGACGAUUUGAUGAACAAAUUCAGCGAGGUGAUUCUGCAAUCGUUUGCAGCGGAAGCCCGGCUGGAGGAGGAAUUUAAGAAAUGCACCCUCAAGCUGGACGAGCACAUCACCCAGUCGAUCACCAACGGAACUCCGGUGCAAAACAAGAAGCGUCCAAAGCGUCUGGACUCCAUCGACGACGCGGAUGGCCCUGAACCCGAACCAGAACCGGAACCCGUAGACAAGUCGUCCAGCUCCGCAUCAUCAUCGGCGCGCUCAAGUCAUCAGCAAGCGUCACGAAAGAACAGCGUCCGGCAAAAAUCGCUGGAAACGGCUCCGGCGGCCUCCUCGGAGCUGGAAGAGUCUAGCUCGGGUCGCCCGGCACGGUCCGCCCGGGUGAAGGCCAUCAAGAACCUCAAGGAACCGACGCUGAAUAGCAAAAUGCGCCAGCCCAGCAUGGUCACCAUCAAGCAGGAACGCAUCUCGAUGGAGGUCCGUAAGGAUCGGAAUGAUGUGGAACCGAUGGAGUUGGACGGGGAGAAUGACGCGAAUGUGCUGAAUGGAGUGGCUCCGUUGGCGGUUGAGCAGCAGAAAAAGUCGAGCGACGAAGGAUUUGGCAGUACGAACGAGAAGGAAGACCCGCCGGCGGCGGAGCCAUCCCGGGAGAUGUCCAUCAUGGUUAUUCCGCAACCGAUUCCGAAGGUGGAGGUGUUGUCGGACGACGAAGCAGCGGAAAAGAUGCCGCCUCCGUCGAUGCCACCGCCGACGAAGGCGGCCGCCAAGAGCAAAGCCAAGACCAAGAAGGUUAAGAGCUCGGAUGCCCUCCCGGUACCGAUCAAGCGCGAAAAGGACGCGGACGAUUCUGCGGUGUCCUCGGCCGAGUCGACCUUGUCGAAUGCGUCCUCUUCGGUCAGGAGCAGCUCGACGCGGGCUGCCUCGAAGAAGAAGAAGGAAUCAACCCAGGCUCCGGCUGUGACCAUCAAAAAGGAAAAGAUUUCCACCGGAAGGACGAGAGGAAAGGCUUCGACUCAGGCCAGUCCUACGGCGUCGGAGAAAUCCGUCUACGAAGAUGCGCUCGAGGGAGGAGACGCGGUCAUGAAACCGCUCGUUGUGUCCAUUGGCAAGAUGCCACUCGUGGACGCUGAGAAGAAUCGCACCUUUGCGAUGGACAAAAAUGGCACCUUCACUGCUGCGGCCAACGGAACGUUCGUCGUCCAAUCGCCGGAGACUGCCGGCAAUGCCACGUUCGACGUGCGUCCCCCCGCCAACAGCACCUUCGUAAUGGACAACAAAAAGGGCACUCCCGAGGUCAACGCCAGCAUCAUGACCGAGGACAACUCCCUCGUAGAGAACAGUCCGGAGAAGGCACCGGUGGCCGUCCCUGCCAAGAAGCCGGCCGUCGCCAAAAAGCCACAAACCGCAACCCAGUCAAAGGCGAAGAAAAACAACGAACUGUUCAGUAUGCAGAGCCCGAUCAAGUCCCGCAUCGAAGCGUUCGAAAAGGCCGCCGUCGCUUCACCCAUGCACACACGCACCGGAACGGUCACCGGCGGCAAGCACACGACCCCCUCCCAACCGUCGCGACUUCCAUCGAAAGCUUCCACCACCCCCCUCGCCUCCCAGCGGUUCCCAUCGUCCGCCAAAGCCUCCCAACACACGCCAACCGCCCAAAACGUCCUGCCAACUACGGGCAAAGGAAUCUCCGCGUCCGCCUCCAAGCUGGCCCACCUCCAGAAGAAACCCACCCUCACAACCGCCCUCACCAAGUCGCAAAGCCUUUCGCGUGAGCCCAGCAUGGAACGGCAGCCGGGCACCCUGUCCGCAGCGUCCUCCAGCUCCUCCCUGGCCGUGAUGGACGAAAAGAAGAAGAAGCGCGAGGAAAAGCAACGGCUAGCGGCGCAACAGCGCGAACAGAUGGAGAAGGAAAAGCGCGAACACGCCGAGCGGCAGAUGCGCGAGAAGGAGGAAAAGCACCGCAAGCUGGUGCAGGAAAAGGAGGAAAAGCUGCGCGCGGAUGCCGUCAAGAAGGCCCGCAAGAUGGAGGAGUUUGAGAAGCGGCGCCACCUGGAGGAGCUGAACCAGCGGAUGCUGGCCGAGCAGAAGCGCGAGGAGUUGGCCAAGCUGGAGCAGCAGCAGAGAGCCGAACAGGCCGACCUGUUCAAGAUGAACCAGGCGAAGGAGAACUACGAAAUCAAGCUGCACAAGCAGAUGUACCAGCAAAAGAUGCAACAGCAGCAGAAGAUCGCCCACGCCCAGGCCCUUCAGCAGCAGCAACAGCAACAACAGCAGCUGCUCCAGCUCAAGAAGAUAAAGGACAAGCAAGCCGCGUCCGACAAGGAGACCUUCACCUUCGACAUGAUCGAAACGGACGACUCGACGGACGACGAGAGUACGCCCAACGCACCCAACAAGAAGAAGCGACCACCGCUGCCAGCUUGGUGUUCCAAGGAGGAACGGCGCCAGCCGAUGCGGAUACAGGCCGAGAUCAAGCUGAAGGUGAUCGACCAGUUCUUCUCGGUGGCCCCGAUGACGCCGGACCUGCGCGAGAUCUUCCCCGCGAUCGACGCCCGCAAGCUGAAGCGAAACUCGAGCGCCGUCUGGCGGACGCCGCCGCGCUACUCGCAGAUGCCCAAGUACUAAGGCCGAGGGUCGUCGCUGGUAGCUGGUAAGUUGUGUGUUUGUUGUGUCCCUAGAACUCCCCCGCCCCGUUAUGUAUGUGAGAGCGUUGUUUUGUAUGUUUCUUUUUAUAUCUUCGCAUUAUUUUAUAACCACGCAGUACAUACGACUUUUUCUAAGAUUGCAAAAAAUAACAGAAAAAAAAACACAAAUAACUCAUAAAAAACAUCAAGAAUCAAGCACAAUUCUUAAAUUGUUGUACCGUUGAUUGAAAGAAGAAGCAAGUUUUGCUAGUUGAUUAAGUUUUGCAGUUGUAAACCGUCAACCCCCCCCUCAAAACUGUGGGGAUGAAGUGCAGAUCGAAUAUAUAACUACGUUUAAGUUUUGCUGUUAAAAUUGAAAGAGUGUGCGUCCCUGAUGACGUUGGGAAGAACUCUGGCUUACAUACAUCCAUAAACUUCUUUUGUUUAAUAUAUUUCCUUUAUAUAAAGACUCUGCGAAAAAAACAAAAA